ACCAAUGAUGCAAGCAACUCUUGGAGAGAAUAUUGCAGAUGGGAUGGAUCCUAGGAUCUCUCUGCAUGAAGAUACAGACUAUUUCUUGGAAAUGUUCUGGGAUAAUAUUGAUACUGCUGAACACUUAAUUUGCCUCACAACAUAUGAAAUGGAUCAUAAAUUGGUCUCGAGUAUCACAGUUAACAAGUUAUGAAAAGCUUGUGAAAGAGGAGUGAGGGUCUAUAUGGUCAUUGAGGAUCUCAACUGAUACCUUGAUGCUAAACAAGAGCAACAACUUAAAACUGCAGGAGCAGUUGUUGUAAAACACUACCCUAUGAAGCACUUUUUCGAUCAUUGGACUGAUGGUCAUUGGAGAAGAAUGUGGAAUAGGAAUCAUCAUAAAGUGAUGUUAAUAGACAAUAACAUCUACACAGGAUCUCUCAAUAUUGCUCAGAGAUAUACAUUUAGGAAGUAUGGGUCUAGAUCCUUCAGAGAUUUAAGCAUAAAACUUGAGAAUUACAAAGCAAAAUAUGAUACAAAGGAAUUUAUAUUAGAUUCUAUCCUCAUGAACAAAAGAUAUAUUGAAGACUUUGAUGAAGAGGAUACCAGAGCUGUGUUCAAAAAUAUCGAAGAAGUCUUUAAGAAAAAUGAUAAAGAGCUCAAAAAUGAAGACUAUGACGUAACUUUCUUGAGAGAACAACCUCCUCGUUACACUCAAAUUUCAGAGAGCAUGGUAAAUCUGGUCAAAAAUUCUAAAAAGAAAAUCCAAAUUAUUCAGCCAUAUAUUCAAAAUAUCAAAGAAUUGGAAGAUGCACUUGAAGAUGCUUUAAACAGGGGAGUAGAUGUUGAAAUUAUUUCAGCCAGGAAAAGAGACCAGCCAAUCUAUGCAUCUCUUCUCAACUCUGACCUCUUUAGUAGGAUGAUCAAGGCAGGAGCAAAGGUCUACGAAGAGCCUUACAAAUAUCUCCAUAUGAAAGCUUUAUCAAUAGAUGAUAAAUUCCUUACUUUAGGUUCAAUGAAUCAGGACAAUACAAGUUUUUACGAAAAUAAUGAAGCUAAUAUCUUGAUCGAGGAAAAGAAUCCUCAUGAUUCCUCUAAAGGGGUAUUUCCAUCCUUCGAGAAAGUAUUCACCAAUCUCAAGGAAGAGUGAAACGAGGUUGACCCUAAUGAGAGAUAUACAUGGACAGGAGGUAUGAAAGCAUUCUUCUGGAAGAGAUGUCUCGAUCUCCACGGGAUUAUAACCAACAACCGAAAGGCAUAAGUUCAACAGUCUGA